AGACAGCGGGCGAGUGAUGGGAAGCGCGUAAAGAAGCGACAGGGAUCGAAUACUUUAAAUUCGGUCUGAGACUGUCUCUUGCUCGAAGGUUUGUGGGUCUGGUCAAAUGGUCGACUCAGGCUGUCGUGUUUUCGGAGUACACUCCUAUUUACACCACUUCUACGAGGAGUGCACAGCCUCGAUGAGGGAGCAGCAGGAGGACGUUCAGAACCAGAGCUCACCUCUGCGCUGGAGCUCAGGCCUCUGGAAGAUCACACUUGCUCUUGGUUCAGUGAUCCUGACAGUGGGGCUGGUGGUCAUGACAGUGGGCUAUGCCAUCCCCACUCGUAUUGAGGUCUUCGGUGAGGGGGAGUUGCUGUUUGUGGACCAUCAGGCCAUGCGCUACAAUCGGUCGCUGCACAUGUGCGUACUGGCUGGGACGGGGCUUCUUACACUGGGUGGAAUCCUGUUGGCAGGCGGAAUCGUGAUGUCUAACUUCUUCAUGACUUCCACAAAACAGGAAGUAUCCAGCUGUCAAAGCGAUGCCAAAAGCUCCUCAGCUAUUUCAAUGAGAAAUUUGGGAGUGUCUUAAUUUUUAUAUAUUUUGUGAAGAGCCUAUGGCCAGAAACAUACUUUAUGCUAGUAUGCAAAUUCAAAUGCAUUGCAAGCACACAUGUCUGUUGAAAAAACUUAGGCCAGAAACAUACUUUGCGCAUGUGCACGUACCAAAGUGCAGUCUGAAUAAACAUGCUUAGUGUGCAUCUUGCAUUACUGUAGUGGUAACAAACCUCCUUACUCAAGGGGGCGAUAGAUUUACCUUUAAAAUUCUGUGCAAUUAAACUGGAUGUUAUUUUUCAUUUAAGUUGCAAUAAGUAUAUUGUCUUUAAAGCUGCACACAGUAAUUUUCUUUCUCAUCAAAAAGUUACUUCUAAAGAAAGUAACUUUAAGUUUUUUUUAAUUGUAAUUUUGAAACAUAUGUGUAAAAUCAUGAGCACUCACAUGAGAUGAAGACACCAGUCAUAUUAGUAACCUCAUAAAAGCUGUUUUAUUCUAGAUGAGAGGGUCCCCUCAUGGGUGAAGCCAUGUUAGUAUCACAUGACCAGCCAAUUACUACUCAAAAACUACUCACUUAACCGCAUAACCACACUGUUAUUGGACACUUUUUGAUGCAUCCAGGCCACUAGGUGUCAGUGUAAGUACUGUACAUGAUGACAUAUUUACUGAAUGUAAAUUACUGAGUGCACCUUUAACUUACUUUAUCAGUAACAUUCUCUUCAAACUAUCCACUGUGACAGAUUUUGUCUUGAAAGAGAAAACUCACCAUAGAAGCAAACCGUUCACACUUAUGUCAGCAAUAGCACCCCUUGCGACAACGUUGGGAAUGCAUCGCGUACUUGUGUAAUGAAUUACGAUCUGACAUAUAUUGGAAUGCAACAAUGUACAAAAUCGAGCUUGCUAGGACUGCGUUCACAUGUUUCAGCCUUUCUUGUGUAUUGUGCACUCUUGAGUAAUUGUGGUGAUAAUUAACUUCAGCCCUCAAGGGGAUGAAAGUGUUACCUUCAAAUGUCAGUUAAACUCGAUGAGUUGCUAUUCACUUAAGUGUUGCUAAUGUAUUGUGGUCUAUUGAUUUCGAAACAUAACACGUGUAAUGUGUGCAUGAAGUGUUUGCGUUCAUGCACAUGCUUAGAGUAGGUUUUGGGCCUGUAUUAUUUGCAAAUCACAAGCAAUGGCAUCUGUUGUUUUGCUCUUGUCUUAAUAACGUCAAAUAGAUAUUGUAUUCAGAAAAUAUUGAUGUUCUGCCAAUGUUACGGAUACAAGUUGAAACUGAUACCACAAAAGCUCAAUGUGUUUAAGAUCCAUAACACUCUUUUCCAAUUAUCAGUUGUUCAAUGUCUGUGUUUCUUUGUCCACUCUAACAUUUUGUUUUUGUUUUUCUGUUUCAAAAGUGGCUUUUUCUUUGCAAUUCUUCCCAUAAGGCCUGCACCCCUGAGUCUCUCUUUACUGUUGUACAUGAAACUGGUGUUGAGCGGGUAGAAUUCAAUGAAGCUGUCAGCUGAGGACAUGUGAGGUGUCUAUUUCUCAAACUAGAGACUUAUGUACUUAUCCUCUUCCACAUCUCUUUCUGUCCUUGUAUAUAUACUGUAUGUAUUUAUUUAUUUAUUGAAAGAACGAACAUGUUUAUGCUUGCAUUCAUUGAUGGUAUAAAUGAGAGUAAACCAGGCUCAGAAAGAUGUGCGAUCUUAUGAAAAACCAAUCAUAUUGUGAAGCGCUGAAUAUUAGUAGGGUGUUUAAGAGACUGUAAAUAGAUGCAGGAACCAGGUAUGACUCAUCCAUCCGCUGCUUCCAUUAAACCUAUUUCUCUCUUUUCCCCUCUUUUUGAGUUGCUAGGGCACACUGUGAGUCAUCUUUGCUCAUAUUCCAGUCAUAGCUCACAGUACGGGGGCUGUUAAAAAUCAAUUAAUCAGUGCUCCAGACGUAGAGCCACAAUCAAGAGCCGUUCACUCUGCUGUGUCUAUCUAUGCACAUCCAGAAAACAAGAAAGAGAAAUACAGAGAAAGAAAUGUUGUUUGUCUGAAGCUUUAAGUCAUGUGGCUGAUGCCUGUAAUGUGUUGGCAGCUUGUUAACACAUGUUUGCUUAGAACGAGCACACCAGGUGAACACCAUAGAGUGAUGAUGUGCGGUCGGCACUCAGGUGGUGUCUCAGGUGCCUUAGUCUAUUACAUGUUAUUGACGGACACCUCACUGUAUGUGUCGGUACAUCAUCCUCUGAGCAUUUCUCAAACAAGUCAUUGUGUUCAGGCGUAUAUGGGCUCAGACUGCAUGAAGCGGAGAGACAGACGGACUCAUGGAGGGUUUGUGACACCGGAACAGUCUGUUUGGUGUGAGGUGGGGGUGGGGAAAUGAAACGAAACUGCUCCAUUGACUGAGCUGUGGAAAAUGAAUCACUGCUUUGAGAAACUGAACACGGUAGAAAUUCAAUGAACUUAUGAACUUGUGGCGCUGUUGAGUGAUGCUGAUGCAUUUGAGGUUUCAAGCUGCAGUUAAAAGCUUAUUGAUGUUUAUCCAUAAACAGCUGCAAAACCUAGCAUUAUUAAUACAUUUCUUUGAAGAAUAUGAAAUAAUUGAGGUCUCUGACACUUAUUAUCCAAUAAGUAUAACGAUUAUCUGACGCAAUACCAUGCAACAUUGACAGAUACUGUACUGAACACUGUUGUACUGCACAAACCAAUGGCAACCACAAAUAAAUACUUUUUUUAUUAUUAUUGACAUUUUAAAAAUACUGUUUCUUAUUCCCUAUUGAUACUGAGUAAAACUUUUUUGUUUGUUUUUUGUCAGUUUUACCAGUCUUUUUGCAUUAGAUAAUACUAAUUCCAAUUACUAGGAUCUAUUCCAACUAGUGCUUAUUUAUUAGACACUAGUGUCUAUUCCAAUUGUUUCUAGAAACAUUUAAUAUCUCACUAGUUACUACUGCUUUUUUACUUGUGAAAUGUAAUGACUGGUCAAAAUGGCUACACAUUAAUACUUUAAUACAUUUUACAAGUCUAGCUAAGUAAAACUGGAAUAGAUACUAGUCGCUAUUGGAAUAAGAACUAAUCUAAUGAACUGUACUGUAUUGAAUAUAUUUACAUGGACACCAGAAAGCAGGUUAUUGUGAGAAAACAGCUUUCCGUUUACAUGCACUCUAUAAGCGGCAUACUCUUUAUUCCCAUAUAUAAGUGGCUCAGUCAGUAAGCAGAUUUCUCCACAGCAAUGUUACUUUCCCAUAACGCUUGUGUAAAUAACAAACAUGUCAUAUGAGGAAGACUUUGCUAUUUUAUUCUCAGUUGCUUUGCUUUAUUUACAGAUAUUCCAGAGUUGUUGCAGUGUUUGUUUCCUUAUCUUACCAUCACAACCUGCAGCUGAAUUGUGCUGCAAAAGUGGUAUUUCCCCUUUAUGUCAAACUCUGGGAUUCCCCCAAA